UAGCUUCUCAUUGGUUGAGAUUUGCUAACGCUAUCUCUUAAAUUGGACUGUAUUACUGAAGAUAAGGGUGAGAACAACAACGCACUUCCUACAGACACAAGUUAUUUGCAGACCGUGUCUUCCCCUUGCCAGGAAACUACUAAAGUUCCUGUGGGAUCAAGUAGAAUUUUAUAAGAACAUAAUGGAUGGAGAGGAGAAAGCCUAUGGUGGCUGUGAAGGCCCUGACGCCAUGUAUGUCAAAUUAAUAUCUUCUGAUGGGCAUGAAUUUAUUGUAAAAAGAGAACAUGCGUUAACAUCAGGAACAAUAAAGGCCAUGUUGAGUGGACCAGGGCAGUUUGCUGAGAAUGAAACCAAUGAGGUCAAUUUCAGAGAGAUCCCUUCGCACGUGCUAUCGAAAGUAUGCAUGUAUUUUACCUACAAGGUCCGCUACACUAACAGCUCCACCGAGAUUCCUGAAUUCCCAAUUGCACCGGAAAUUGCACUGGAGCUGCUGAUGGCUGCGAACUUCCUAGAUUGUUAAAUAGAAUAAAUUAUAAUAAACUGUUCAUUUUUUCAGUAUUUAAUACCUGUAGUUCAGUUAGUCAUUUUUCCACAUAUAGCAUGGUGCCUGUAUGAAAUUUAACUCUAAAGUUAAUCGCUGAGCAGAUUCCUUCUGUCAUUUGCAUAGCAGAGUUGAAAUUUGUUUGCUACAUCAAGUUAAGGACGUUCACAAGCCAAGAAAUAAACAAAUAAUGACAGUUUGUAGGUGGUUUGCUUUCUCCUUUGGAUGUGACCUUUAAAACUAUAAGUAAUAUAGCAAAUCCUGGAAUGUAAGCAUAAAUGAACAUAUUCUACAGGUAAAUACAGGGGCUAAGUAUUUUAAGUAUUUUUAUGUUUUUAGUGUUUUUUGAAGAACCAGUUCUGAUCUUACAGCCACUGAGCAUUACUAGAAUUAUGCAAAUAAUUACAUGAAAAAACAGGUUUAUAACUUAGCCAAACCUUGAUUUUUGUAACUCAGAAUAAGAGUUGAAAUUUCUUAUGUGUUUUUUGAUAAACUGCAACAUUGUUUAAUUGCAUCUUGUGUUUUGUUUAUUGCUACAAUUUAAGAACUUUAUUUAAAAGCAAUCUUGGAAGAUUACCAAGUACAACUUUUGGAAUAGUAACUGAACUGUAGCCAUCUAGUCAAGUAAACAAUGAUUUACGAGUCCCUGUGCAUUGUGCAUCUUGAACAGUCCAAAGCAUGAUUUCCGCUGGCCUCCAGGCUCCCUUGCAUACUCAUUCUUCGUGGUCUCUUGGGAUUACACUUGUAUGUGUUGAAAUGUGUCCUGCAACACUUCAUGAACUGAUCUAAACUUAGAAUCUAGGGAUUCUGAGCUCCUGUCUUCCUGCAUUGGAAUGCUGUAAAUUGAAAUGAGGGUUGUGGUGGGAACCUUGUAGAGCAGUAGUCAGCUACCCUCCACUAGCUCAUAGUGACUCACCUCAUGACCAGUCAGUCAGUCAGCCUUUAUACUGAGCUGACAAAGCACCGGAAAUGCCGAGGAGUCAGUGAAGUGAGAGAUGGACUGCUUUAUUACCGGUUGCUUUUCCUGGAAGCUAUGGAAAUCAUAUAAGCAACCUUUCCACUUAAAAACCUGCACAUUGUGCUGUCUAGCAUAUUGACAAUAGGUUACAUGUAAAUUGGUUAUUUUUAGUAAAUGUUUCCAGACAUACUGGUGCAUAGUUACAGAUAUAAGGAAAGCACAGGGUUGUGUUCUGAGCUGGGCGUAUUUAGAAAACUCCGGUAGUGCUACCAUGACAAGGCUCUGCAAUCAAUCUCUAGCCAACAUGGAUUUGCUCUUUUGUAUCAGAUAGGUACAAUCAAAAGCCAAAAGGUGGAUUUCAAGGGGCAAUAGCUAGAAAUAAAAUAUAGCCUGGGCCAAUAUUUGUGGGAUACUCUGUGUUAGGUCCAGAGGUAUUCUUAACUUAAGGGCAUCGCAAUUGCAACACACUAGGCCAAUUUGUAUACAGUAUAGCAAAUGGUACUUUGUGUUGUUAAUAAAGGCUGUGUUGAUUGAAAAGGUA